AUGCUCCAUUCAACAUUGGCCCUGUCCCUCCUGCUAAUUGCAGUCUCUUCCAACCUUGCGAUGGCAAUCAAGAAGGAAAAAAGAGCACCUCAGACACUGUCAAGAGGGUGGGGCGAUGAAAUUACCUGGGUACAAACUUAUGAAGAAGGGCUUUAUCGAGCAAAAAAAAGUAACAAGCCACUGAUGGUAAUUCAUCAUUUGGAAGACUGUCAAUACUGCCAAGCACUGAAGAAAGCUUUUGCAGAAAAUGAAGAGAUACAGGAAAUGGCCCAAAAUAACUUCGUUAUGCUGAAUCUCAUGCAUGAAACCACAGAUAAAAAUCUGUCACCUGAUGGACAAUACGUGCCUCGAAUCAUGUUUGUAGACCCAUCUCUCACAGUAAGAGCUGAUAUCACAGGAAGAUACUCUAACCGGCUUUACACUUACGAACCACAAGACAUACCAUUCUUAAUAGAGAACAUGAAGAAAGCACUACGCCUCAUUCAGACAGAACUGUAACCAGCAAUAGUGAAAUGACCAUAGCCUCUACGAGGUGAAGCUGCACUAGGAAACCUGACAUUUUCAAAUAUUUUAGUUAACCUCUCUGUCUCUACUAUCAUUUUGAACUCUUACCAAGCAGCUUUGGUAUAUCAGAUUUCAUAAGAAAUUUAUAUGUACAAUUUGAAGAAUAAACAUAAAAAACCUACUGUGUCCAUUUGGAAAACAAGAGGAGAAAUCUAUUAAACACUUUGAAAUUAGUUAUCUGAAUAACUGAAAGUGAUGGUUUAAGAUGCAGUAACUUUGAGCUGUAUUUUAUCAAUCCAGCUAUGACUUUAAGUCAGCUAUGACUUCUGACCAAGAGUUAUAACCAAUCUUUUUGAUGUCUAUUUGCAAUUUGUUAAUAGCUGCAUCUCAGCUCCUAAUUUUUAUUUUUAUUGCAAGAAGCUUGUAA